CCUGCCACUGAAUCACUUUGUUUAUGUCUUGAGUCUAGAUUCUAGAAUCUAUCAAUAGAUCUACACACAACUGGAUGCUGUUUGGCGCCCUGGGAUUGUUGAUUGAUGACAAGAUAUCUGUGGGGUACCUGUGACAACACCCUUUGACAUAACCUUCAUACAGUGUAGCCAUUGUACUGUGAUGUCAAAGGUCAAAGAGUAUCUAAAGAUGGAAUUAGAUCUUCCCACUUUCAAGAAAAUAGAAGCUGUUGGUUGGACUGUAGCAGCAUGUCUUUUCUUCAUGUUUUAUGGAAAUUUAUUUGCCUUUAUUGCAGUUUGUGUUCUUGUAAGAAAAGUGUAUAUCAGGUUUAAAAAAAGUAAAGUACCCAUGCUGGAUCCUGAGGGCAAAGUGGUGGUUGUAACUGGCUGUGAUUCAGGUUUUGGGUUAGGAUUAGCAAAAAGACUGCACGAAAAAGGUUUUACAGUUUUUGCUGCCUGCCUGAAUACUGAAAGUGCUGGGGGGAAAGAACUGAAGGCUUUAGCUGCUGAGAAACUUCGAGUAGUUCCCCUUGAUGUGACUAAUGAUGACAGUGUAUCCAAGCUACACAGGGUGGUGAAAGAGCAGUGUGAAAAUAAAGGUCUAUGGGGUCUAGUAAACAACGCAGGCCUCAACUUUGUUGGUGAUGUGGAGUUGAGCACCAUGGAACAGUACCUGACCAUAGGGAACAUCAACAUGUAUGGCAUGGUGAGGACCUGCAAGGCUUUCUUACCUCUGCUCAGACAGGCUAAAGGUCGUAUAGUAAAUGUUACAAGUGUGAAAGGCUUAUUCGCCAUACCCAGCAAUGCUCCGUACACAAUGGCAAAAUUUGGGGCUGAGGCUUUCUCUGAGACCCUGCGUCUUGAGAUGAGUCAGUUUGGUGUUAAAGUCUCCAUCAUAGAGCCCUGCAACUAUGGUGGCGCCACAGGUUGCUUGAAUGAAGCUGCGCUGAAAAGAAUCAAAGCAGAUCUUGAUUCCCAGUGGAAUGAAGCUGGACCUGAUGUGAAGGAGUUUUAUGGACCAGCCCAUUUAACUCAACAACUAGAUGGUUGCCAGAAGGCGGCGGCUACAUCAGCACCAAGCAUUGACCCAGUGUUGGAUGCCUUUGAAGACGCCCUGGUCAAUCCCUGCCCUAGCGUUCGCUAUUUAAUCUCAGGAUCCAAAUCAUUUUUUGAUUUCUACUAUGUGCUGGCCCUCAUACAGCCCUACCUGCCCCAACAUAUGUUUGACAAGGUGCGAGCUUAUUUUGUGCCAUACAUUGUCUUCAAAUAAACUUUGUCAAAAUGAGUCAUGUGACUUGUGGUCUCUAAAAAAUGUUUGGGGACCAGGAUAAAAAGUAGGGAUACAGUUACCUGACCCCUCCCUUUUAUUUUUAAAUUUAGACAUACUUAAUUUUUACAUUUACUUUGUUAAAGGUUUUUAGUAUAUUUUUCUGUUAUGUUGUUUAAGAGAACUAUGUUGGAUUUAAAAAAUUUCCACCCCCAACUAUUUUAUUAUGGCUGCACUGCCUACAGCUUUUUUGGUAUGGCUGCUCUAGCCCCAGCCAUGGUAGUAUGGCUAUACUACCCCUAGCUAUGUUGGUAUGGCUAUAUGACUUGCAGCUUUGGUUGUAUGUCUGUACUACCCUCAGCCAAAGUAGUAUGUUUGUACUACCCUCAGCCAAAGUAGUAUGUUUGUACUACCCCCAGCCAUGAUGGUAUGGCUGUGUAGCCCCCAGCUAGAGUGGUAUGGCUACACUGCAGAACUAAGCCAUUUCUCUAAAAAAAAUUCAUUCCUUGUUUGUUAAAUAUUUCAGGCAGCUGAGUAUUAUUCAUAUUUAAAGGUUCAUUAACCCUCUUCUCACUGUAUCAUUGGUUUUUAGUUCUACCUUCAUGCUAUGAUACCAGCAAUAACUUGCUCAAACGUUUAUUCUUGUAAGUUCUUGUAGAUUGUACAUUUCAUCUAGUUAAUCUAUUCAAUCUGUGUUAGACAAAUGUUUUCAUUCAACAUUAUAUAUGCAGUUUAUAGCGUUGCUGCCAGAUUAUGCAUCUAUGUCAUGUAUUUAUAAUUUGUGAUGUUGUUUAUAUUGUCCAGGCUGAGUUUAAUGUUAUAGAUAAGCAAUUAAUGCUGUAGUGCUUUCAUGAUGCAUUUAUAUAUGUAUAUCAUUUAUAUACAUCUGUUUUAUCAUUUAUAUACAUCUGUUUUAUCAUUUAUACAUCUGUUUUAUCAUUUACAUACAUCUGUUUAUCAUUCAUACAUCUGUUUAUCAUUUAUACAUCUGUUUAUUAUGCAUACAUCUGUUUAUCAUGUAUACAUCUGUUUAUCAUUUAUACAUCUAUCAAUUAUACACAUAUCUUUUAUCAUUUAUACAUCUCUUUUAUCAUUUAUACAUUUGUUUUAUCAUUUAUACCUCAGUUUUAUCAUUCAAAGGUCUAUUUUUUAUCAUCACACAAAGAUGUAUGUAAUCGUUUAUUCAUCUUUUUGUGAUAGGGUAGCAACUGUGUUAUAAUUUACACAUCUGCUUAUUUUAUCAUUUGUUAAAUACCCUGUUUCUGUUCAUGUGCAAUGGAGUUAUCUCCCAGUACAUUAGAAAGCAAACUGUCAUGAAAUUUGUAUUUACAAAAGCUAAUAAAAAAUUUGGAUGCUUU